CUGGAGAAAAAGGGUGAAAGUAAAGAUGAUAUUAAAGCCUUAUAUUUCAGCUUUGAGCUGACGGUUUAGGGAGUUAGUUUUCACUCUUUAUGUUUAGGAAAUCAAUAUAUUGUGUGAAGAAAAGGGGGCUUGUUAUUCCAACCACCAUGCGGAUAUGAAUAAUACGUGUAUUUGCAAUCUGCCCAGCCUUCGACGGGAUUGAACUUUUGGCUCAAGGGUAAGCCGUGUUUAUAGAGGUAGCUAGGAGGUAGAAAAUAGAUAUAGAAUAUAGAAUAUCUAUGCGGAAUUAUGUAAGAUGCAAGAUAUUCCGUACCUGUGAAGGAGACCUAUACUUGAACAAGAAACCCGCAGUAGGUGCGGGUCCGUAAAGCCGACCCGACCCAACAAACCGCCCGCGUCCGCGCUCGGAGUAACAGGUACCUAGAAGUAUCCCUUUUCAACAAUGUUUUAUAAGCCAAAUCUUCCCAUUCACCUCCCUUAGAUACAUGGGUAUUCUUCAACUCACCAAGCCUUGAUCCAGCUCGAUUAAAUAGAGGCUGGCCAUACAUACCGUUAAGAUGUCGCUUAAAUUUGAACAAUUUAUAAAAUUCACGACCGAUUCAGUCGGUCUGGAAAGGACUUUCCGCCUGUUCCAAUCCAUCGUGCAGAUCCUCUCAAACUUCACCCUUCCCUUUAACGUGCUCCUCCAGGUCUUCAUUCUCACAACAGAGAAAGCCCCCUCCCCCGCAGCGACCCGCGUCGUCCUGAAGGGUCUCAACCAGCGUCUGGGGCUCGCCCGGCGUUUCUUCCGGCUAUUCCGCUUCUUGGACUCGUUCAACGCGGCGCAGAAGCUCUCCUCCAAGCUCUCCGCCGCUCAGGGCCAGAAAGGAACCGCAGCACCGCGCGGAUUCCUGUCCCAAGUGCACCCGUGGAUCGAUGUCUUCUCGAAGACGUUCAUGGGAAUGUAUCUACUGCUGGAAGCCAGCACGAUGGUAGACGCGCUGCAAGUCCCCGGGCUAGCAAUCUGGACGGCCGAGCGGGAACGCACUAUCACAGUCGAGGGCCAGAGGUUCUGGCUGUUUUCCCUGGUCUGUAGCGCCGUGUACAACAUCCUGGAAAUAUCCUUCACGCUCUCUUCCGCGCCGCCGCCCGCCCCAGCUGAAAAAGCAGCAGCCUCUUCCGAGAAAAAGGCGGCAAGUCGGGAAAAGCGCAAGCAGGAGCCGAAGCAGGAGAUCACGACCAAGGUGUACAAGCUGGGCCGCGGUGCCACGGCUAGCAUUCUUGACAUUGUCCUACCGGGCAGCGUGGUUGGCUGGAUCAAAGCCGACCCUGGUACCGUUGGUAUAGCUAUGUUCGCAACGACCAUCUUGACAAGUAUGGACGUGUGGGAGAGGUGUGGACGAGAAGUCGUAGGGAGUCAGUAGGUCCGGGGUAGCGGACCUCGACGCUCAUCAUAUCCCUUUGGUGAAUUUGAAGAGCGCUUCUAUAACUGUUUUGGAUAACUAUCAUGCUUAGUCAACUCGAAUAGGAUUGUUGGGUAGACUCACGACGUAUUGUUGAACGAAGUUAUGAGAUCAAUUUCUUAUUAAUUUGAAUUACUUGAUAAAAAUUGAGUGUCACUAGUAGGUACCUAGGAAUAUCUAGGAAUUGAGUGCUGCCUCUGUGCGGAUAUGUACAAAGUAACGAGUA